AUGGAUAGUUUAAUAAAAGGCAUUUCUAAAAAAAUAAACCUAAAUAAGGACAACGAUAAAAAUAAUAAUAAUAAUAACAAUAAUAACAAUAAUGAAUCUCUUCCACAACUAUCAAAUUUUUUACAAAGUCAUAUUAUAAAAAUAUUUUGCAGACAUAUAAAUUAUGUAAACAAAUCAAUUUAUUUUACAGGUAUAAUGGACUAUAGGAAAGUUGAAUUCGAAAACAAUCAUUUAAUUCUAAAGCUUGCAUUGGUAUCUCGUUUUUGGUUUAACACAUUAUCCAAUAAUAUUACAACUUGCGCAGAUUUUAAUUAUAAUAGUAGAUUAACAGAUGCUAUAUUUCAAAAAGCACGAGAAACAAUUAAAGGAGGCGCAAAAAUCGAAAAUGAAAAUGAUGAAAAUGAUGAAAAUGAUGAAAAUAAACUUGUACCAUUAGGAAAAGAUAUUAGUUUGUAUUGUGGUGAUAAAGAAUCAAAAUUUUCAAUUAUCAAAAGGGACAAUAUAGAAUCAAUAAAAUUACAUUUCGAUAGUUGCGAAACCAUUUCAUCGUUCUAUAAAAGAGUCAGUGACACUAUAGAUAUUACAUAUGGCGAAUCUCCUUCAAAGGUUUUGCUUAUAUUAAAAGAAGAUUUAAAAAAUUUAAAAAGGGUUAUAGUUAGAAAUUUAAAUUUAUUCUCAGAUUUAAAUAGAAAUAUUUUUGGACCCACUUUCAGUAAUAUUCAACUUAUGGAGUUUGUUAUAUCACCCAAUGCCAAUGUAGAGGCAAUAAAGUCAUUUAAAAAAAUCAAUUCAUUGAUAAUUGGUACAUUUCCGAUAUUUCGUGAAGGUGUUCUUCAACUUGAACAGAAUAGAAAUAUCAUCAGCGACUGUAUCAAAUGUAUUUCGGGUAUGAAACAGAUUUUUGUAUAUGCAAUAGCCGGUGUAGAUUAUUUUGGGUUAUCUGGUUAUGCCGAGGAAGAAACAGAGGAUAAUACUAGGGCCUUUAAUAUAGUUCCAAUCACCGGGUCAAUUAAUUAUUUUAAAGACAUAGAGGUAUUUGAAUGCAUAAACUCGGUAAUGACCUUCAAAGAUUUAUAUUGUCUUUUAAAAGCCACACCAAAUUUAGGCACUCUUUCAAUUGGUUUUUGUAUCGAUGGACUAUAUUGGCUUCUUUCUGAAGAAGAUGGGAAACUAUCGGAAUGCGAAUGCUGCCUCAUACCAACAAUUAACGAAAAAAACGAAGACCCAAUGUCAAAAGAGCAAUUUCAACAUUUGUUUUCAGAUAUUUGCGAUCAAUUAAAAUUAAAAACUAAACUUACCAAAAUCUUUGCACAUAAUCAAUGUUCAAACCCAUUCAUUCCUUUAAAUGAAGAUAAUUAUAAAAAAUUUACUUCAUUUUCAAAAAACUUUACAAAGUUGUUCUUGAGCCCCCCAAAUUUAAUAAAAAUUGGCCUAUUUGGAAUGAGUAAAGCCGACUAUAUCAAUGAUAUCCUAAUAACUAGUAAAAAUAGAAAUAUUAAAGAAUUUUCCAUGGAUAUAGACAGAGAAGACUCGGCUCUAGAAAUAGUUAAUCAAAUGGAAAUACUUACAAAGCAAUACACCCAUAUCCAUUCAUUAAAAAUAUACAAAGGAGCAAAAAAAUAUUUUUCUUAUAAAAACAAAGAAAUAAAAUAA